ACAGUUCGCCCCUGCUUUUGUUAACAAGUCAUUAAGAGAAGAGGACCAAUACAUGAAGCCUGGUUGUCUAGCGGCAGAAAUAACUGCUGAAGGGAAGAGUAUAGCGAUCUUUUACGAUCGAUCAGUAUAACAAACAAUAAUUUAAAGAUUAAGUGCAUCGAGUCUCUCGCCGAAAAGGUUAAAACCUAAAUUCAAUUGAAGAUUUAAAAUGACCGGGAAAAAGGUGGAAGGGAUUUUAAUGAAGAUCGGCAGUUUUGGGCUGUAUCAGCUGAAGGUGUUUGCUUUAAUGUCGUAUGCAGUCGUGUUCUGUAGCUUUGUCUUGAUGGUUAUGACAUUCAGUACUGCAGAACCUCCAUGGAGGUGUGCGGCAAAUACUACCUCCUGUACCUUGAAUGGAACAUUCAAAGCAGGAGAUAAAGACUACAGCCAUCGAUGUGGUAUUCCAAGAAAGGACUGGGAGUUUGCUGUGGAUGGUGACUUUGAUUCUAUCGUCACUGAGUGGGACUUGGUUUGUGAUAUCGCCGUCUACUCAAGCAUCGCCAAUUCCCUUUUGUUCAUAUUAUGGAUAUUUGGCGCCAUGCUAGCCAGUAUCCUGAGCGACAAAUUUGGCAGAAAACCAGUUGUCUUCCCAUUUACAAUUCUCGCAUGUGCUUGUGGAUUCAUCUCUGCCUUUGCGCAGAAGUACUGGGUAUUUGCCUUGUUCAGAGCCCUAGCAGGAAUUGGAAUAGGGGGAUAUUCUAUUUGUGCUUUCGUAUUGGUCGUGGAAUAUGUUGGCGUUCGUCAUCGAAGCCUCAUUGGCAUUGGGAUAUGGGCUGGGUGGAUCUUCUCCUUGUGCGUGUUAGCUUUACUUGGGUACCUCGUUCAGAGCUGGCGUACACUGACUAUUAUCACAAGUGCACCAGGGCUUGUCUUCUUUAUAUUUUGGUGGUUUACACCAGAAUCUCUUCGAUGGCUGCUCGUGAGAGGGAAGAACGAGGAAGCAAAGAAGAUUUUAAAAACCGCGGCUAGAGUCAAUAAAAAAGUCCUGACAGAUAACGAUUUGGCUUCACUGGAAGACGAGGAUAAAAAAACUGACGAGAGACUCGGUGAUGUUAGAGACCUGUUUGCUUCUCGUACUCUGACACACAGAACACUGGUUUCCUGGUAUUGCUGGUUUGUAAGCGGUUUAGUCUACUAUGGCAUCUCGCUCAGUGCACCAACCGUUGGCGGCAACAUGUACUUGAAUUUCUUCAUUUCCACUGUCUGCGAGGCAGUGGGCAUGGCAAUAGCAAUUCCAUUGCUAAACAAAAUUGGAAGAAAAAAGUCAAUUGUCGCCUCUUUGUGGCUGGCUGGCUUAUCCACUGUUGUCGCUGCACUGUUAAAUUUUUAUGACGAUGGAGGCAAAGGUUAUCUGGCGGGCAAAAUCCUGACUGCCAUGGUGUUGGGCAAGUUCUUCAUCACUAUUGUCUUUGAUGGCGUCUAUGUCUACUCUUCGGAACUUUUCCCGACUGUUGUGAGGAACACAGCUAUGGGGACAUCAACUUCUGCAGCUCGUGUAGGGUCAGCUAUCGCUCCAUACGUGGUCUUCUCGGAAAGAGCUCAUACAUUGAUGCCUUUUGGUAUAAUGGCAAUCAAUGCAUUGAUCUGUGGAAUACUGUGCUUGACUUUACCAGAGACUAACAAAGUAGCCAUGCCCGACACCGUCCAACAAGUGCAAAUGAAUAACGACUCUAUUGGCGCGUAUGACGAGAAGUUGAAUCUAAAUGAACAACAACUUUAGAGGUCAUGCCAGGUAACGACAGACACCAGAUGAUUCCAUAGCUCAUCAUGAAUUCCAUGGAAUGGCGCUGACUGAGUUGAAACCGGGAUGAAAGGCUUCAUGGCUAAUGAUCUACUAGCAAUCUUCUAGUGAUCUAAAUAAUGUUACAGCCUUUUUUUAAGUCGUUUAGUCUUUUCAGACACUCUUAUUAGAAUUUUGUUAGGAUAAGUUUGUUGCACAUUGUCUAGAAUAUUCUUCCAAUAUGGUGAUAUAGAAUGUUGAAAAUAUAGGGUAGUUUAAAACAAGAUAAUGCAACGGUGUAAUUUUGUGCAUUUUGCUAAACAAAAUAGAUGUGUUCAUGGAAAGUCAUACAAAUUGAGUCAAAUCAAUAAUUAACAGUUAUUCCAAGAACUCGAGUCGUACAUUGUUUUUAAAUUUGUUUUAGUCAUCUUAGUUAUGUAUUAGUUAAAUUUAGAAAUGCGUUUCAGCUAGUCCUAGUUUUAAUAAAUAACGAUUUGCUUUA